UGCCCCCGAGGUUUUAAAAAACGCACCAAAUACCCUCGCCUGUUUCGAUUCACAUAAUAUACCCCUAUUUAUCCGUACUGUUCAUGACAUGCACCUGUCAGCUAACGCCGUUAGUCUGCCGUUAGUGGUGUUUUACUUAUUUGCCCUUAAUUUUGGUUUAGCGCCAUUGACUUCCUUCACUUUCACAGAAAGACCAAAAAAAAAAAAACCGUUCACAUUUUUCUCUUUCUCUCUCCUCUCCCCUGUUCUUCUUCAAGCUCUAAUCCUACUCAAACCCUAGAAAUUCUGGGUAGAUCUUCAAUAUUUUUGUGAAUUUUGCUGCGCACCUUAAAGGCGAGUUCGUGGGUUGUGAUUUUGCUUCAAUCGCGACAAAAAAGGGAGAAACUUGAGGCGAUUUCCAGUUGAGUUAGUGUUGAAGAGGAAACGGGAAUUUUAAAGUUGGUUAGUCUACUUCCAGGAUGAGUGCUAUUUGGUUGUUACUACGUUAUGGGUCACAUAGUUUUGAUAUUAGAGUGGGAGACAUGGAAAAAUAUCGUUUGUUGAAGUUGUUUCUUGAUAUCUUUGAGGAAUCAGUUAAGCAAGAUGUUUUUUUGCCUAGUACCUUUAGCUUGUAUGUUGAGGGUCCUUGUGGUAAGGUUGAAUUGAAUGAUGAUAAGACUUUAAGGCUUCUGUGGGGAUGGAAUUGGGGUAAAGACACUGCUGAAAUUUGGGUUGAGGGAACAGAUAAACCAGGAUUGGUGUUUAGGAAUGCUGUUGCAACAAUUGAGAAUCAUAGAAAGGAAAAAGAGAGACAACUUAAGGAGAGACAAGAGGAACUGUUGAGGGCUCAAAGAGAGGAGGAAGAGGCAAUGAGGAAACAACAGGAAAGGGAGGACAUUUUGAGGGAAAUACAGGAACAAAUGGAGUACACUGUGGCUAUGGAGGUCCCUGUUGUUGAUUGUGAGGACAUGAAGGUUGAGUAUGUGAGAGUCAUUAGCAAAGAUGAUGCUGAUGAGGUGUUUCCAGGUUGCUCUCAACCACAACAAACACAAGAAUCCCCAAAGAAACAACCCACCCCACCCAAACACACAAAUCAUGUUGCUUCUAAGUCAAAAGGCAAGGAUAAGCCUGCUUCUAAGAAACUAACCCCCAAAAGGAGGGCAUCAGCUAAACAACCCACCCCACAGAAACAACCCACCCCACCUAAACAACCCACCAAACAACCUACACCACCACCCCCACCACCCCCACCACAGAAAGAACCCACCCAACCAAAACAACAACAACACACACCACCACCAGAACAUCCCACCUCUCCACCACAACAACAACAACACACACCACCACCAGAACAUCCCACCUCUCCACCACAACAUCACACCCCUCCACCACCACCACAAAAUCCCACUCCACCACAGAACAACCAAACUGAUGAGCCUAACAAUCAAGCACCACCUGAUCAAGCUCAGCCAGUGAAAAAGAAGGGGGGCAGAGCUAGACCUGAGGGGUUUAGGGGUAACAAAGUCACUGCUAAGAAGGCUGGAACUUGGGUUUCCAAGGGAAAGGGAAAAGGGAGAAAGGGUACAGGAAGGUCUAAGACACCAGGGGUUUUUGCUGAUGUUGGUGAGAUAUGUUCAGAAGAGGAGAGUGAGGAUUCUGAUUAUGAGGAAUCAGAUUCUGAACAAGAGGAUGUUCUGAAUGAUUGGAUUGAUUCUGAUGUUGAUGAUGAGGUGAUUCCUGAUGAUAUUCCUGAUUUGGGGUUUGAGGAUUGUCUAAAUGGUUCCUCAAAGAUGGAUAAGGCCUAUAAAAAUGGCAAAAUAUGGACUGAUCAACCAUAUGGGUCCAUUAAGUUAGAACCCUGGUUGAUCUUUCAUGAUAAGGCCACAUUUCUUGAAGUGUUGAGAAGUUACUGCAUACAGGAGGGGUUUGGGCUUAGUGUUGAGAGGGCUGACAAUAGGAGGUACACAGCAGUGUGUGCAGUGGAGUCAUGUGACUGGAGGAUACAUGCCAGUAGGUUGUUUGACAAUGUUAGCUGGGCCAUUAAGGUGAUCAGUGGGUCCCACAGAACUUGUGGGAGGCUUGAGGAGAAUCCAGUGGUGACCUCUGAGUGGUUGUGUAAGCAUAUGUUGGGGGAAAUAGAGGCAAAUCCAGAGAUUCCAGUGGAGACAUUGAGGAGGUAUGCACAGGAGAAGUUUCAGUUGAGGGUGAAAAAGAGGCUAUUGUACAAGGUCAGGAGUAUGGCAAAGGGAAAGCUGCAUGGUGGUUGGGCUGAAGCAUAUGAGCUGUUGCCUAGAUAUGCUGAGAUGAUUAAGCAAACAAACUCAAGAACAUGCAAGAGUGGAGGAACAAGUGCCACUGGACCAAGUACUUCAAAGAGUGGUGCAGCAAGAGCAAGUACAUCAAAUGGGGGACCAAACACAAGGAAGAGGUCAAAGGCAGCUGCAUAGUCACCUCAGUUGGCUAUAUUUUGUGAAUUGUAGUGCACAAAGCUAAACUAAUUUAGUCAAAUCAGUUUAGUCAGAAUCAGUUUAGUUAGAAUCAGUUUUUGGAAACAGUUGUGCAGAGAUCAUUUUUUGGAAACAGUGAAAUGCUUAGAACACCUCUUUUUGUGCAGUUCAGUGGUGUUUGUCCACUUAAAGUUCAGUUUAUGUAAAGCUUAUUUGCUUGAACAAGUAUUUAUGGAACAAAGUCUCUUUAUUUCAUGAAA